AUGACAUCGGGCAAAACCUGGAACCUGCUCAAACACCUUCUUAACAAGGGUCACACUAAGAGCUCCCAGACCAAGGCGGCUGACAAGAUAGCGAAACGCGACCUCAAAAACUCCAACGAGCAGGAAUUUAUGGCAAGACUUGCCGAAAGAUACAUGCCACUCUCGAGCAGCCACGAAAACGACGCCGAAUCACCCGGUUCCCCGUACACGGGAGCGGACAACCCCGACCUCGACGAAACCUUCACCCUGGAAGAAAUCAGGACCGUCCUUCAAAACCUGAACGGCACAUCGGUCCCAGGUCCCGACGGUAUUAGUAACAAGGCCUUUCGUAACUUGGACGAAGACUCCAUCCGGUUCCUAGCAGAUCGAAUCAAUCAAGUCUGGGAUUCCUGCAUGGUCCCGCCGGAAUGGAAGCACGCCACUCCGGUUCUCAUCCCAAAGCCCAACAAGCCCUCGGGCGUCGAGAACCUUAGACCCAUAUCGCUCACGUCGUGCGUGGGUAAGGCGGCGGAACACGCCGUUCACAACAGAAUCUCCAGAUUCCUUGAAGACAAGGGACUGGUACCACACACCCUCAUAGGAUUUAGACCCGGUCUAUCAACUCAAGACACCAUGAUUUUAAUCAAGCACCAAAUCAUUGAUGACCCCAUUAGAAACCCCAAGGCCAUUCUCGGGUUGGAUCUCGAGAAAGCGUUUGAUAACCUAUCUCACCAAUACAUUGUGGACACCAUUUCUGAACUCAACCUCGGAGCUAGAUUCCACGCGUACGUCAAGUCAUUCUUGGAUAAUAGGACGGCUACGCUCGGAUUUGCCGACCUCUCCACGGAGACACUCUCGCUAGGGAGCAAGGGCACCCCCCAAGGCUCGGUCAUCUCCCCUAUGCUUUUCAACCUUGCCAUGGCGGGACUUGCCGAGAAACUGGGACAUAUCUAUGGGCUCGAGCACACCACAUACGCAGACGACAUCACCAUGUGGGUCUCCAAAGGAACCCCUGGUAUGGUGCAGUACAUCUUGCAAGAAGCAGUUAACACUGUAGAAGAAUUUCUAAUUCCCACAGGACUCAGAUGCUCGCCUACCAAGUCGGAGCUGCUCGUACGCAGACCCACGCAGAAGGGCCGAAGGCCAUAUUCAAUAGACUUCGAUUACAAUCAGGAAAUUACCGUACAAACCAAUUUGGGACACGCCAUCCCGUGCGUCGACAAAAUCAGAGUAUUGGGUAUGAUAGUAGAGACUAAAGACGUCAAUGCCUCUACUGUUCAGAAGCUCAUCACCAAGACUAACAACGCUAUCGGGCUCAUCAGAAGAAUUGCCAAUAGACACAGGGGCCUCAAGGAACAUAAUCUCGUCAAACUCAUACACGCGUUCGUCACUUGUCACUUCGCUUACGUUGCGGCAAUGCUCAAUUGGUCAAGAUCCGAAAGAAACAGACUCAAUGCGCAAAUCAGAAAGGUCACCAAGCAAGCCCUCGGCAUUCCGACCAGCACCAGCAACGAGAAGCUGGGGCACCUGGGCAUACACAACACCCUGGAAGAAAUUGCCGAGGCCCAGCAGCGCGCCCAGCUUGCUAGGCUUCCGACGACGCCUCCGGGGCGCACGAUCUCAGCCAAGCUAGGCUUUACUCAAUCAAACAUAAAAAAAGACUUUGCGGACCUCCCACGGGACAUCCGCGCUAAGAUCACUGUCCGACCUAUACCCAGAAACCCAUGGACUUCAAUACUCCACAUCGAGGACCCAACACCCACCCUGGAACAAUCGUCAGAGCAGCUCAAAGAUGAUGUCAUGGUAGCCACCAAGUCGAUCCAGACCAACCUCAAGGUCGACAGGAUGGACAGUCAUCUGGCGCAUCUUUUGGAAGGCAGAAAGUCCCUCGUCGACAGGUAUCGUCUAGCAAGCAGAUGUCUUCCGGUCGUGAACGCCAGUCCAAUUGACUACCCGGCAUACAAGGGUACUCCAAAUCCAAACCUCGACAAGCCGCUCAGCACUAGCGAAGUUAAGGCGGUACUGCACAGUCUAAAUGGCAAGUCUGCCCAGGUUCAGACGGAAUCUCUAAUAGAGAACUAA